CGUGGAAGCCAUUCCAGCCUCUCAGUCCUCAGAGUAACCCCAAAAGUGCCCUUCCUACAUGGAGUGAGGCUCCCUGGGGAACCUCUCCCUGCUCUGCUUUACAACCUCCUGUUUGUUUAGGGAAGGGCAGGGAGGGCUGGAUCGCCCUCCCGUCACUGCCGUGCGGGUCCCACCCCGCGCCAGGGCGGGGACUUUGCCACCCAGGGCAGGCAGCAGAGCUCUCCCCAUCCUGCCAGGUCCUGCCGGGACAGCAGCUGAGUGCCUGGGGACACGAACAGUGCCGGAUUGACCAAACCCGAGCACCAUGGCAACAAUCAAGGGAGUCUCGAGCUUCAGUGCUGAGCAAGAGGCACAGGCACUAAGGAAGGCCAUGAAGGGGCUUGGCACAGAUGAAGAUGCCAUCAUUGAGACAUUGACCAAGCUGAACACUUCCCAACGCCAGCAGGUUCUGAUCACCUAUAAAAGCACCAUUGGCAGGGAUUUGAUUGACGACUUGAAGUCUGAGCUGAGUGGGAAUUUUGAAAAGGUGAUUGUUGGUUUGAUGACUCCAACCGCCAUGUACGACGUGCACGAGCUGAGGAGGGCUCUAAAGGGAGCAGGGACAGAUGAAGGCUGCCUGAUUGAAAUCCUGGCCUCUCGCUCGAACGAUGAGAUCCGGCGCAUUAACGAGAACUACAAAAUCCAAUACGGCUCCAGCCUCGAGGACGACAUCGUGUCGGACACGUCUUCCAUGUUCCGAAGGGUCCUCGUGUCCCUCGCCACGGGAAACAGAGAUGAGGGAACAUUUGUGGACGAGACCCUUGCUCAGCAAGAUGCUCAGUGCCUGUAUGAAGCUGGGGAGAAGAAAUGGGGAACAGAUGAGGUGCAGUUCAUGUCCAUCCUCUGCACUCGGAACAGGUGCCACCUGCUGAGAGUUUUUGAUGUGUACAGAGGGAUUGCUAAUAAGGACAUCACAGAGAGCAUCAAAUCCGAGAUGUCAGGAGACCUUGAGGACGCUUUGUUAGCUGUGGUGAAGUGCAUGCGGAAUAAACCUGCGUAUUUUGCUGAAAGAUUGUACAAAUCCAUGAAGGGCUUGGGCACAGAUGACAGCACGCUGAUCCGGGUGAUGGUGUCCCGCUCGGAAAUAGAUAUGCUGUACAUCCGGAGGGAAUUCCUGUCCAUGUAUGGGAAAUCACUCCACUCCUUCAUUAAGGGGGAUUGCUCAGGAGACUACAGGAAAGUUCUGCUCAGACUCUGUGGUGGGGAGGAUUAAAGGAGGCCUGGGGGACUGUCUGGGUGAGGGGAAGCAGCUGAUCAUAGAAUUGUUUAGGUUGGAAAAGAUUUUUAAGAUCAGCCAGCCCAAUAAUUAUUUCUUUAAUGUAUUUUUUUUUUCCAAAAUACCUUGUUAAUUGCUCUGAUUUUUGCCUUAGGUUAGUUCAUGCUCUGGUUGGUAAUGGCCAUUCUGGUUGACCAUGGCCAAUCUGCUUUUAUGCUUGGCACACCCAUUUGCCUACUAAUUGGGCUGGUAAAGCCCAGCUUAAACAGAAUGCUGUAACCAAAGAUAGGAAAGUUAAAUUGUUUCCUGACCAGAUGCCCCUUUGCUGUUGUGUUCACCAGCAAAGCAUGGCAACUGAAGCAAACCUGGAUGCAGAGUGUGAGAGGCUGCCCAGGGGAAAACUGAGAGUGUAGAACACAGGCUUGCUUCAGUUUAUCGAGAUAAUUAAGACACAAAGAACCUGAAUAUCUAAAAGGCAAGCACAUUUACAUCUUAACUUGCCCUCUGUUAGUGUGGAGCAUUAACAGCCUGGCUGCACUGUAUGUGUAUGUUGCCCAGAGGUCUGUAUCGUGGGGAAGAUGUCACUGGUGACAUCAGAAAAGCCUCUUGCUGCCCUGGUCAGAGCAGCCCCGUCUGCUUGGUCUGUCUCCUUCACUCAUGGGAGUAUAAAUAAUAAUGGUUAUGUUACAAAGCCUCCUCUGGAUAAAGCGAUGUCACUGGAAUGGUGCCUUUUAGGGAAUGACCUGUCCCUAAAAAAUCCCACCUCAUCGGCCUGGUGCUGGGGCAGCUCCCCAGAUAUCCCUGGGACACCUCCCCAGUCUCCCCCACGUGCUGGCUCCAGCCCCACGUCACAGGAUCAUCAGGCUGUUUGUGCCUGGGUCUCACCUGGGCUUCCACUCCAACCUCUGGGAGGGACAUUAUCCCCAGACCCUCCACACCUGCCUGUUCACCUGAGCGCUGCUUUCACUACAAAAACGGGGUUCUUGUUUGGCUUAGCCACUUAUUUGUUACUGCUGGGGAAUAAUCCUGUUCUGAAGGAUGAGACUGAGGUUGGAGUGUCACAGCUGAAACACUGAGGUGGCUGCACCCAAUUCCAUCACUCAUUUUCCUCUGAAAGAGGCUGGAAUAGGAGAUGCCUCUGUGGCCUUCAAUAAAAUAGUUUUCUUUCUCACUCCUUGGGCUGCCAGUGGAGACACAUUCCUGACUUUUGCUGGGGGAGGAGGCAGAGCUUUAUCCAGCUCUCCCAAGGCCUCUGCUCAGGAUAGGGAAAGGUCCAUGCCCAGCACAGGGGCUGCCGGAGGUGCUCGGGCGGGGGGUGGGUUCCAGUGCCUUGUGUCAGGUUGCUGAGCUUUGAAAGAUAAAUAAAGAAUUUGUUUCUGUA